AAAUGAAAAAAAAAUUGCAUGUUUUUUUCCUAUUUGUUGUCACUUUAAAAAUAAUAUUAUGUCUUGAACAAUCACAAGACACCGAGAGUAAAGAAUGUGAAGGUUGUGAAUUCGAUUCAUUGAAAAAAGAAUGCAGUUGUUCUAAAGAAAGCUCAGAAUUUUCAACUUUAGAAACAGAAGAGGAUAAGUUAAUCAAUGAAGAUCUUCCUAAAAUAUAUACAAAUGAAGAAAAUGUCAGCAAAAAAAAAAAGUUAGAGAUAUUAAAUUCAACUACAAAGGAAUUUCUUUUCACAAAAGAUCAGUUCAAUUUACCGGAUUUUGAUGAGGUUUACCCUGCAAAUCAGCUUGUUGAAUUUCAGGGAGGAGAUUUUAUCAUAGGUACUGAUAAGCCUGUGUUUCCUGAUGAUGGUGAAUCACCUGCUAGAGAAGUAUCUAUUCAACCUUUUGCAAUUGAUAUGUAUGAAGUAAGCAAUGGAGAGUUUAGAGAAUUUGUCAAGGAAACUGGUUAUAAAACCGAGGCUGAGACCUAUGGAAAUUCUUUUGUAAUGGAAUAUUUUCUUUCAGAAGAAGUUAACAAAGGAAUUACGGAGGCGGUUCAAGGUGCACCAUGGUGGUUGCCUGUCAAAGGAGCUAAUUGGAAAAACCCAGAAGGACCUGGUUCUAAUCUUAUUAAUAGGCUUUCUCAUCCAGUUGUACAUGUAUCUUGGAAUGACGCAUUAGCAUAUUGUAGGUGGAAGGGUAAAAGAUUGCCAACAGAAGCUGAAUGGGAGUUUGCAUGUAGCAGUGGUGAAGACGACAUGCUUUUUCCCUGGGGAAAUGAAUUUCGACCUCAUGGGACAUUUAAAGCAAAUAUUUGGACUGGAAAAUUUCCUAAUGAAAACACAGCUGAAGAUGGUUAUAAUGGAACUGCUCCAGUUAACAUGUUUGUUCAAAACAAUAAGAAGCUUUGUAACAUGGUAGGUAAUGUUUGGGAAUGGGUAGCUGAUUGGUGGCAUACAGAUCAUUCUAAAGAACAUCAGAAGGACCCAUAUGGUCCCCCAUCUGGUGAUAAAAAAGUAAAGAAAGGAGGAUCUUUUAUGUGCUCAAAGAACUAUUGUUAUCGUUAUCGUUGUGCUUCCAGAUCGUAUAAUACACCAGACAGCGGUUCAAGUAAUCUUGGAUUUCGUUGCGCAAAAUUUCUAAAAAAAAAAGAUGAAUUGUAAACAAA